GUUACGUGAGGUCGCUGUCUGUAAAUAAUGUAGCUUUCUCAGAGCUGCAACGUAACACUGUAUGAGUUGACUACAUAUGUCUUUCUCUAAAUGUCGUUAUUUUAUAGAAAGUGGCGGUCCUCUGCCGUGGCUGUCAGUUUGGCUAAUUUUAGCCUGAUACGUACCCAGCCGGUUGGAUAGCUAGCUGUCUAGCUAGCUCACCGCUAAGACAGAUCAUCACAGCGGUGACCAAGGCGGCGUUCCAGCUUGUUUUCACCCUGGGUGGAUAUUUAAAAGGGCAAGUCACCUAUCACAUCUGAACUAACGCAGAAUAAAAGACUCCAGUCGAGCUUGCUGUGAUGUUGCCCCUCCUGCCUAGCAUGCAGGCAUGAGCUCUGUCCUGUGGAGCCAGGAGAAGCCCAGCGGGGGCUUCAGGGAGGACUGGCGUUUCUACAUGGUGGUGAAGGACUGCACGGCUGAGAAGCCUCACCAGAAGAUCGUGAGGAUCCCGCGCGGCAGCCUCGGCCAGGCGUGCCAGGAGCGCAACAGCCUGGGCCGCACGCUACCGCCAUGCAAGGGCAAGAAGAGCCUGCGCAUUCUGGACCAGACCAACGUGGUGCAGAGCCUGGACGAGCGGGACGUCCUGGAAAUAGACGAGAAGCUGGCUGAGCUGCUCUUCCCCAUCACCAACUGCGAGGAGCGGUACACCCUGCUGUGCAACAAGUCCCGGCUGGAGCGUGUGCGUGACAUCGACUGCGGCUCCAAGGUGCGCGUCCAGCUGCGCUCUGGAGAUGAACCGCUGCCAGGGGUGGUCCGCUUCAAGGGCUCGCUGCUCCCUGACAGAGCCCUCUCUGGAAUCCUCUUUGGAGUGGAGUUGCUGGAGGAGGGUCGCGGCCAGGGCUUCACGGAGGGCUCCUUCCAGGGUCGCCAGCUUUUCCGCUGCGAGGACGAGUGCGGCGUGUUUGUGGCACUGGACAAGCUAGAACUGUGGGAGGAUGACGACGACGAUGACCUUGGAGAGCUGGAGGUGGACCACGUCAAUCUGGUGGAAGAGGACCAGGACUACCCUCCACUGGAGAUCAACUCCAGGGUCCUAGUGCAGACCAGAGAGGGACCCGAGAGGGGCACCAUCAUUUUUUGCGACUUGCUGCCGGGUAACGAGAGCCUGGGCUACUACGUGGGUGUUGACAUGGACAAUCCUAUCGGCGAGUGGGACGGAAUGUUUGAUGGGAAGCUGCUGUGUAACUUUGCCAGUUUGGAGCACACUCGACUUGUCCCCAUCUGUGACGUAAUGCCAGAAUAUUCCAUGCAGGACCAAAGGCUGCAAAAGCACAGUUUUGCUCCCAGAAGCAACAGCAACGACAAGUCAUCCUCUGGCCAAAGCAAACCAAAGAGCAAAGGGUUAGCUCAUCAGUGCAGCAGUAGAAGCAAGUCUGAGUUUUACUAUACUUUAAAUGGCAGCUCUAUUGACCCCCCAGUCCAGUCCAAAUCCAAAAGCACAUGGUACAUUGACGAAGUUGGGGAGGACCCAGCGAAGUCACUUACUGAAACCCCCCCUGACUUCAACCAGUCCUCUCCGCCCUCGAGGGCCCCACCGCCCGCCUCGUUGUCCAGCGACAACAAGUUCCACUCUCUGCCCUUCAGCCUGAACCGCAAGAGUGGGCCCAUUGACAACAUGAGUCAGGGGCCGCUCUCCCUGUCCGUCCAGUCGGUGAUGGGAGAGCAGGCCGAGCCCCCGUCUCCCGCCGCCCCUCCCUCACCGCGGCCUUCGACGCCGCCUCGAGGGCAGCCGGGUCUGGAGGUGGGCUCUCUGGUGGAGGUGAAGGAGAACCCCCCUUUGUGUGGCGUCAUCCGCUGGGUGGGUCUGCCUCCUGGCCUGUUGGAGCCUUUGGCUGGGCUGGAGCUGGAUGAAGAAUGCCAAGGUUGCACUGAUGGCACCUUCAAAGGUACGCGCUACUUCAACUGCCCGCCGAAAAAAGCCCUGUUUGUGAAGCUCAAGUGUUGCCGGCCCGACUCCCGCUUCCCCUCACUCCACCACUCCUCCAACCCCAUUGAACGCUGCAACUCCAUUGCUUUUGGGGGCUACUUGAGCGAGAUCGUACACGAGAACACGCCACCCCGCACAGAAAGCGAUGGUUUGGACGUCAUGGUGGGGAAAAAGAAAGGCAUCCAGGGCCACUACAACUCCUGCUACCUGGAUUCAACCCUCUUCUGUCUCUUUUCCUUCAGCUCCGUUCUGGACACGGUUCUGCUGAGGCCACGCUCCAAGACAGACGUAGAGUACUACAGAGAGACCCAAGAACUGUUACGCACUGAGAUAGUCAAUCCCUUGCGCAUACAUGGCUAUGUGUGUGCCACCAAAGUGAUGAAACUGAGGAGGAUCCUGGAGAAGGUGGAAGCUGCAUCUGGGUUCACCUCUGAAGAAAAAGAUCCGGAGGAGUUCCUCAACAUCCUUUUCCACCAUAUACUGAGGGUGGACCCUUUACUCAAGCUAAGGUCAGCAGGACAAAAGGUGCAGGACUGUUACUUUUACCAGAUCUUCAUGGACAAGAAAGACAAGGUCGGUGUUCCCACCAUCCAGCAGCUUCUGGAGUGGUCUUUCAUCAACAGCGACCUAAAGUUUGCUGAGGCUCCCUCCUGCCUUAUCAUCCAGAUGCCGCGCUUUGGCAAGGACUUCAAAAUGUUCAACAAGAUUUUCCCCUCGCUGGAGUUAGACAUCACAGAUCUUCUGGAAGACACUCCCAGGGAAUGCCGAAUCUGCGGAGGCCUGGCUCUCUACGAGUGCCGAGAUUGCUACGAGGACGGCGACAUCACCGCGGGCAAGAUUAAACAGUUCUGUGAAAAGUGCAAUACGCAGGUCCACCUCCACCCGAGAAGAAAAAGCCACCGGCACGGCAAGCUCUGCGUCCCCAAGGAGCUGCAGGAGGGUGCGGGGCGCCAGGGCACGUUCCCCCGCCAGACGAUGGAGCUGUUCGCCGUGCUGUGCAUUGAAACAAGUCACUACGUGGCCUUCGUCAAGUAUGGCAACGCCGACUCCGCCUGGCUCUUCUUUGACAGCAUGGCUGACCGUGACGGAGGCCAGAACGGCUUCAACAUUCCGCAGGUGUCUCCGUGUCCCGAGGUGGAGGCCUACUUGAAGAUGACGCCCGAGGAGCUGCACACUCUCGAUCCCAAGAGCAUCCAAGGCCAAGCCCGAAGGCUGCUGUGCGACGCCUACAUGUGCAUGUACCAGAGCCCCACCAUGAGCCUGUACAAGUAGCCGCCCCCACCCCACACGCCGCCACCUCCUCUUUGUCGUCAUCCUCUUCCUCAAGCCCUGACGUCCACAACGUGACCCCUUCCUCAGGUGCAGGAGACUUCCCAGCAAUUUGAAAAAAAACAAAACAAACUAGAAUAAGAAAGGCUUCCUGCCUGAGUAAACCCUCUCCACUCGAUGGAUGUUGGAGGGAGGGGUGGCGGGCUUAUUUGCACUGUGCUUUUUCGUUGAAGUGUUGUGUUCUAGUCCCAUGUAGCUUCUCUUUGUCUCUCAGCUGAGCGGGUUCAAGAAGCAUUUUUUUUUUUCCUAAUGUCGAACAAGCCACGCAUGUGGGAGGAUAAAGGAAGCCUGCUAGGAUGGGAGCUCUUCAUAACACCUCAUUAUAGCGGAAGACUCUCAGUAGCUCUCCAUGUCACACUCGUGUUCCUUCUGCUCUGUGUGACCCGGUCUGGAUCAUCAGUAACCAAUGUAGCUGCACACACCCCAUCCCUACAGUCACAGCGAAAUUACCAAUCGGGAAAUGUUCUUUUUGUGUUACAGAAUAUAUAUUUUGCUCUUUUGCGAUAGCGACGGGACAAGUUCUGUGCAAUGCCCGCUGCUUGGCGCCAGCAUUUGGCUCAGCGUGGAGCUGGGCUAUCGGAGAUGUUUCAGCUUCAUAACAUACAGUAUUCGUCUGUGUCUCGAGGACUUAAAAAAAAAAAAAAAAAAGGAAGUGAGAUUUUAUGUUUACGAAGCCUCGGGAGUCGGCGUCGACUCGCCAGCCUUUCUUGAAGAUGUGACAUGCAGCAGAUUUAACAAAAAACAAACAGAUGUGAUUGAAUAUUAUUAUUUAUUUUAAUCUAAUCAUGAAAACUUGUGUGUCCCUUUUUAAGGAAAUAAAUACAGGGUUGAUGAUGAUACUGUCAGGUUACUGUCAAUCUCUGUUGAUGCAAAAUCAUCAAAUCUUCAUAGCAACUACUGACUUGAUGAUGGAGACAAGGCUGGUAACCUUGAAGCUCAGUUUUAAAUGCUUGGGAGUGAGAUGAAAUGCAGAUGCAAGUGCGUCUUAUGUAAUGUGUGUAUGCAAAGUACCUUUUCUAGAUGAGUCAACCUUUCGCUCCAUGGGUGGUUUGUUUGCACUGUUCCUGCACAGGAGGAGACUGCGACCGUAUGUCCCGCCUUCAGGAGACGUCUCCAGAACCAGACAAGGUUUUUUUUUUUUUUUGUAUGUUUCUCUGUCAAAAUAUGUCCAGUGUGCACAAAUGUAACAGGUGGAACUUGAUGUCAAGUCUUGUUUGUUGUACAUGUUUAAUGAAAUAAAAUGCCGUUUUGGAAGGGCACAACAGA